UGGCGCGCGGGGACAAUGCGGCCCUGCCGACCGGCUGGGGGCGCGCUAGUCCGAGUUGAGCCCCGCCUCGCGCGGAAUUCACGCCCCCGCCCACGCGCGACGCACCCUUUGUCAGUGGCACGGCGCGCGCGUGCGCCUCAAUCGUGGAGGGAGGGUGGUCCACCGCAGCAGCUGCUUCUUUCUCUACCCCUUGCCCUUUGUACAAGUCCGGGAGGUGCGCUUGUCCAGUCUGGUCUGCCGCCUCCAUCCCCCUCGGCACACUCCCACCCCACAAUUUCCUGCUAUCGCCGGGCAUCCUCAGCCGCAACUCCGUUCACAUCCCAAGCAGUGAAACCUGCGGGUGGCUCGUGGAAGGAAUUCUGGGAGGUAAUCAGUGAUGAACAUGGCAUUGACCCCACCGGUACCUACCACGGUGACAGCGACCUGCAGCUGGACCGCAUCUCCGUGUACUAUAAUGAAGCUACAGGUGGCAAAUAUGUUCCUCGUGCUAUCUUGGUGGAUCUAGAACCAGGGACCAUGGACUCUGUUCGCUCAGGUCCUUUUGGGCAGAUAUUCAGACCAGACAACUUUGUUUUCGGUCAGUCUGGGGCAGGCAACAACUGGGCCAAGGGCCACUACACAGAGGGGGCUGAGCUGGUUGACUCAGUCUUGGAUGUGGUACGGAAGGAGGCCGAGAGCUGUGACUGCCUGCAGGGCUUCCAGCUGACCCACUCACUGGGUGGGGGCACAGGCUCUGGAAUGGGCACCUUGCUCAUCAGCAAGAUCCGAGAAGAAUAUCCUGACCGCAUCAUGAACACCUUCAGCGUGGUACCUUCACCCAAAGUGUCUGACACUGUGGUUGAGCCCUACAAUGCCACCCUCUCCGUCCAUCAAUUGGUAGAGAACACAGAUGAAACCUACUGCAUUGACAACGAGGCCCUUUAUGACAUCUGCUUCCGCACUCUCAAGCUGACCACUCCAACCUACGGGGACCUGAACCACCUUGUUUCAGCCACCAUGAGCGGUGUCACCACCUGCCUUCGCUUCCCCGGUCAGCUCAAUGCAGACCUCCGCAAGCUGGCAGUUAACAUGGUGCCCUUCCCACGUCUCCACUUCUUUAUGCCUGGCUUUGCACCUCUGACCAGCCGUGGAAGCCAGCAGUAUCGGGCCCUUACUGUGCCUGAACUCACCCAGCAGGUCUUCGAUGCCAAGAACAUGAUGGCUGCCUGUGACCCCCGCCAUGGCCGUUACCUCACUGUAGCUGCUGUCUUCCGUGGGCGGAUGUCCAUGAAGGAGGUAGAUGAGCAGAUGCUCAAUGUGCAAAACAAGAAUAGCAGCUACUUCGUGGAAUGGAUCCCCAACAAUGUCAAGACGGCUGUCUGUGACAUCCCACCCCGUGGCCUCAAGAUGGCAGUCACCUUCAUCGGCAACAGCACGGCCAUCCAGGAGCUCUUCAAGCGCAUCUCAGAGCAAUUCACGGCCAUGUUCCGGCGCAAGGCCUUCCUCCACUGGUACACAGGUGAGGGCAUGGACGAGAUGGAGUUCACUGAAGCUGAGAGCAACAUGAACGACCUUGUCUCCGAGUACCAGCAGUACCAGGAUGCCACCGCAGAAGAAGAAGAGGAUUUUGGCGAGGAGGCUGAAGAGGAGGCCUAAGAGCAUCAUCACCGUAGCCUUCUCUGUUCCCUCAGCCUUCUUCCUCAACUGCCCCUGUCCUCUCCCUCAGAAUUUGCAUUUUCUGCCUCUAUCUUGUUUUUUGUUUUUCCUUUUUUGGAGGGGGGUUCCUAGAACAGUGCCUGGCACAUAAUAGGCGCUCAAUAAAUAUUUGUUGUUUGUUGAA